GGGCUUGGCAGGACAAAUUGCCGUCAUAUUCUUUUCAGCUUGGUGGUGUUUCGCCUGCCUCGGUGAAUGAGUCAACAGUCAGCCCCAGCAGUGCAGAUCCACCAGCGACUCCAUCGUGUCGUGCCUUUGUGUGUGUCGCCGGGAGAAGCCUUCUGUUUAGCGGCCCUGACCUUGCCAUCCAGCUCGCCGAAUACUUGAACUCCACCAUGACGGCUUCAAGUCUGCUGUACGAACUACCCUGCUCCGCUGAGCAGCGGUGUCUCGACCGCUUUUCAAUACUGCCUGACGCUGAAGAGCUCGAGGACGAAAACGGUGAGGUUCCUGUUUGGUACAUAUUACAGGAGAUCCUCUCCACUAUGCCAAUCGCAGACAGUAAGCAGCUAGCAGAAAUGCUCGAGACCAUUGCAAUCACGCUUCGAGGAUCCACAGGCCCAGCUGGCGAUUAUGGGCUUCUGAGGGAGGUCAUUGACGACAGGGCCACGGCCCACUACGGCGACUUCUUCCAGACCUGUUGGCCAAAGAUAAAACAUCUUGCUCUCGAUAUGCCAAGACUGUUUGAGGCUGGGACAUUACAAGUACUUGGCUAUAGCGCAACCGGCCAGCAAUCUCCAAGUCAGUCCGUGCGGACCGGCGAUGGCCAGGCGCUGGAUUCUAGUCUCAUGUUGUCUCGAUGCAAAGUGGCUUGUAUUCUGGCACAUCAAUUCCUUUGCACUCUGCGCGCCCCACUGCCACGAAGGGGCGACUACUUCGAUUUUUCUAUCUGGUUCUCGUCUCAGCAGAGACAUCCUGAGGCGGCAAGGAUAUACCUGAACACACUAUUCAAAUAUUUCUCAGAUCUUCCCGACUGGCGCGAUCAGGAUUCAAAGCGCACGGAACCUAAUAGUUCUGAGCAUGAAACUGUCACUUAUACCCUCAGAACUCUUGAUCAGGCAGCACAGCACGACUACAACUCGCUACCAUUAUCCCCGAUCAGAAUUCAACAAGUCUCCGAGUAUGACACAAGCCCAGAAUUUCUCGGCAUCACUCGGGGUGCAGCCGUCGUCUCUGCCAACAAGGUCAUCGGCUUCGGCGAGUCGGCCACCCAGGAAGAAAUCCACGUCGGCUGUUCGCCAGAGGCAUGUCCCGCCGUACUGAUUGUACCAGAGCUACAGCACAACCAGGUCUUGAUUAUUCGAGGUGUGGAAGCUGUGGCUAACAUCGUCGGCCAGAGGCGGGGCAUUCGUAUGUCAGACUCCCAGGGCAAGCAGAGGAAGGUGGACUGGAGCCAGAGGACCAUGCUCUUUAUGGACGCCCUCGAGCUGGAUAUGCCAGAACAAUACAACGACGAGAAGGACGAGAAAGGCGCGGGUGCACAAUCUCAUGCACAAGCCACACUGCCAGAUCUUGUCCCGCAACAUAUGGAACGAGAGAUCACAAAGGCACGCCUGGCCUUUUCGUCAGGUGUUUACAGUGAGAUCAUCAGUCCUCUCUGGGGCUGCGGUGCCUUCAAUGGUGAUCCCUUUGUCAAGGUCAUCCAGCUCUGGGUGGCCGCUUCGACUAGUUCCACUGCGCCAGAUUCUCCGAGAAAAGAGACGCUAGGUCUCCGAAUAGUAUGCGAUGAAGGGCUUCGCGGUAUCGCUACGGAGGUGACCAACGUUAUCAACGUUAUCAAAACGCAUGUCAAAUCUGUUGGUCAGUUGAGAAAGCUCUUGGACACAAUCCCGAAACAAAUAAAGCGAAUGGAAACGGGUGUUUGGUUGAUUGAGAAUGUCGCAAGUCAGUCAGGGGGGCCUUCAUAGCACCGUUAUUAGUAGGAAAGACACGAGCCAUUGAUGGGAUAUCGACAGCAAGUAGCUCUUUGGAAUAAAUAUUAUGCCAGACAACGC